AUGGGCAAGGUCGAGGAACUCGACUAUAGCAUCAAACCAGAGAAUGUCACCCCUCAAAUUCCGACAUCUGAGUGGCCUCUGCUGCUGAAGAACUAUGACAAGCUCCUCGUGAGAACCGGUCAUUUCACUCCCAUUCCAUGUGGAUGCACCCCUUUGAAGCGCGAUUUGAAAUCGUACAUCUCUUCAGGUGUAAUCAACCUCGACAAGCCCUCCAAUCCUUCCAGCCACGAAGUUGUAGCAUGGGUGAAGCGGAUAUUGCGCGUGGAAAAGACCGGUCACAGCGGAACUCUCGACCCGAAAGUUACUGGAUGCCUCAUUGUCUGCAUAGACAGAGCAACUCGACUGGUGAAAUCUCAGCAAGGAGCUGGAAAGGAAUACGUAUGUGUCAUCCGUCUGCACGAUAAAUUACCCGGCGGUGAGGCACAAUUUGCUAGGGCUCUGGAGACGUUGACUGGUGCUCUCUUUCAACGACCUCCAUUGAUCUCAGCGGUUAAGCGACAGCUGCGUAUCCGAACCAUUCAUGAGAUCAAGCUCUACGAAUUCGACAACGAUCGCCACCUGGGCGUCUUCUGGGUGAGCUGUGAAGCAGGGACGUACAUCAGAACUCUCUGCGUUCAUUUGGGACUUCUACUCGGUGUUGGAGCACAUAUGCAAGAACUUCGGAGAGUACGGAGUGGAGCGAUGGAUGAGAGCGAUGGCAUGGUCACGCUACAUGAUGUGCUGGAUGCACAGUGGACACAUGACAACAACAGAGACGAAACCUACCUACGAAAGGUCAUUUCUCCCCUUGAGAGUCUCCUUACCACCUACAAGAGGAUUGUCGUCAAGGACAGUGCUGUCAAUGCAGUAUGCUACGGUGCCAAAUUGAUGAUUCCCGGCUUACUGCGAUUUGACGCUGGUAUUGAGGUCCAUGAAGAGGUUGUCCUCAUGACCACCAAAGGCGAGGCCAUUGCUCUUGGUAUUGCGCAGAUGUCCACAGUGGAGUUGUCAACGUGUGACCAUGGAGUUGUUGCCAAGGUCAAGAGAUGUAUCAUGGAGAGAGACCUGUAUCCUCGCAGAUGGGGUAUGGGGCCCGUCGCUCUGGAGAAGAAGAAGAUGAAGUCGGAUGGAAAGCUUGAUAAAUAUGGCCGUCCCAACGAAGCCACCCCAGCUAAGUGGACAGCCGAGUAUACUGACUAUAACGCCCCUGAUGGCACGGCCGCUGCCCCAGUCAAAGAAACGACCUCCAAAUCCGACGUUCUCACCGCCCCACCAGUGGCUCCCAACGGCGAAACCGCAGACUCGAUGUCACUGGACGGUGACACAGAGAUGUUGCCGCGGAAGACCAACGGGGCCGAGAAGGAAAAGGACAAGAAGCGCAAGAAGCACGAUGGCGAAACUCCCGAGGAGCGCGCGGAGCGGAAACGAAGGAAAAAGGAGAAGAAAGAAAAGAAAGAAAAGAGGAAGUCCAGGGGCUCCGCGGCCGCCGACGAUAGUGACGACAGCGACUGA